ACCAGGCCAGUCCAUUACGCACACAAAAGACACAACAAAAGCCAGUGUAGGGGGAACCAAAAUGAAACCCGUCAGCACCCAAAGGACACCACCAUAAGUUCCCAUCUGGCAGCAGCACCCAUGGACCAGAGCCUGGGAGGAGGAGGACGAGCAUUCAUUUCAACUUAAAGAAAACACACAAAAACAACAUCUCUUGUGUCUUUCUUCAGUUUUUUUUUUUUUUUUUUUUUCCACCAAAGCUGCUGCGUCCCUGCUGUGAUGAUCCAGGUGGUUUGAUUUUCUCCCGUGGUGUCUGUGUGGAGCCUGCCACACACCCACUCCACAACAACGACGGCUUUUGCCUGCAUCUUCCAGUGCUUCUUCUGUCAGCAAGUCCAGCAGAGCUGCAACUCUUCCAGUGCCAGCCCGGACACCAGCGAGGAGCCCUGCCCCACUGACAUGGUGAAGAUGACCAAGUCAAAGACCUUCCAGGCUUACCUGCCCAACUGCCACCGCACCUACAGCUGCAUCCACUGCCGGGCACACCUGGCCAACCACGACGAGCUCAUCUCAAAGUCAUUUCAAGGCAGUCAAGGAAGAGCCUAUCUGUUUAAUUCAGUGGUGAAUGUCGGCUGCGGGCCAGCCGAGGAGCGGGUUCUCCUCACAGGUUUACAUGCUGUGGCGGAUAUCUACUGUGAAAACUGUAAAACCACGCUGGGCUGGAAAUAUGAACACGCGUUUGAAAGCAGUCAAAAGUACAAAGAAGGAAAGUUCAUCAUCGAGCUGGCUCACAUGAUCAAGGACAAUGGAUGGGAGUGACGCUCAACUUUUUCGUUUUCUGACCUUGGAAUGCUCUUUAUUGAACUGCGUGGAGCGACGAUCAUCGGCCACCCCACCUCCCAAAUCCACCAACCCUCCACCCUCUCGCCUCCUUCACGUGCACACCCCACCCAUCGUGAAACCGAACAGAACAAAUGACAUUAAAGAAGAAAAAGCAUAAAAAAAACGACGAGGAAGCGGAGUAACUGUUGAAAAUUCACGUCACAGGAGUCCUGUCGUUACUUUAAAGAUUAUGUGUUCUCCUUCGCAGCGCCGGAGCUUUUUGGGUUUGACCCCCCCCCCCGCUCACUCUCACCCCCCACCGAAACCACGCUAGCAAGUGAUUGUGGUGUCACGGCGACCACUAUGCGAAAAAGGAGAAAGACUUCACCGAUGGGGACAUGGUUUUCUUUAUUUCGCCCACCCAGCGAGACGGAUGAUGAAUAUUAUGAUUUUUAAUGUUAUUUGCUUUAGUUUUAACUUCUGGGUUUGGUAAGGUUUUGGUUUGAUGGCAGAUGGAUGUUACUGGUUAGCAUUUUAUUUCCCUGUCAAAUCUGUUUAUGUUCUCUUCUUGUUGUUGUUGAUGUUGUUGUAUCUCUGCCUAUAGCUGAGCAUGCUUUUCUUUGCUAAUGUCCAAAUGAGCAAUCAGGGACGAGUGAGGAGCGGAGGGGAAAGGGAGUUUAUCGUAGUUACAAAUAUGUAGCAGCAUCUUGCUUUUUAAAAACAAAAAAAAGUGGCAAAGGAUGGGAUUGCGUUAGUGUAGGAUUUUAUUUCAGAAUUUUCUUCUGUUUUUUUAUCUUUUUUUCUUCUUCUUUCUUGUGAAUCUUCUUAAUUUCCCCCCAUUGUGGUACUUUUUCAGCACCCAAAAAGCAUUGAAAGCAGCACCUAUUUGUUGGACAUAAAUGGAUAUAUAAACAUAUAUAUAUAAUUACUAUAUAGAUAUAUAAAUACAUGUAGUGUUUGGCUAAGUGCGAUAGUGGCUGGUCCCAUUUUGCAGCAAGAGAAGAAGACCUGAAAAGGAGCAGAAAUAGUUUCUAGACUGGAGAACCCGACAUCAGUGGCCACGUGUCAUAAAGCAUUAAGGCAGACUGUAUUAUUCCAUCGUCUAGUAACGAAACAAGAGACACAACUACAUAUGAGUAUAUAUAUAAACACGCAUACUACGAUGACAUAUCCAUAAAAUACUAUGAAAAUGUUCGUAGUAUGUAGAUAAUGGAACAUGGAUUCUGAAUAUAUAUUUGCUGUCAUGCACAUAUGUAUAUAUGCAUAUGACUGUGUGUAUAUAUGCAUUGUGUGUGUGUGUGUGUGCGUGUGUGUGUGUGGUCACCCAUUACACAGUGACUAUACUUGAACGAUGCUACUUCGUUUGCACUUUGCAGAGGCCUUUGGUUCAUCUCAGUUUAGAGGCAAAAAGUUUGGUCGCGCUUGUCUGUUUAUUUUUUAUAUUUUUUAAUUGCCUUCUCACAGAUAAACGACAGAUUGUUGGAGACGGAAAGAAAGUUUGACCUGGACGGUUUGAGCGUCUCCGUUUACGACUGUAGUCAGAUGCUUCUGGAUGAUUCGGUUUUAUUUAAAUUAUAUCGACAAACUCUGCUUUUCCUUUCAGUUUUUUGCUUGAGAAAAGUGUAGUUUUUCGAUAAUUCUUUGCUGCUACCGUAGAAAUCUCCGCCAUUUCCUUCCCUCUCUCGUAGGUCUUUUGCACUUUACGCGCUUACCCGUCUCUCUCUCUCUCUCUCUCUCUCUCUUAGAGCGUAUGAAUCGUCUCUUUGUUAUUUGCCUCUAAGCCGUAUGAAUCUUGUGCCUCUUCAAAAACAUGAACAGCCUCCCCUCUUAUUUUCUGUUGUGCAGUGCAUAACUCCGGGAAAAGAAAAACCUAUGUGUGAACCGAUGUGUCUUCCCCCCCCCACCCCUCUUUCUGGUUCAAAGUGGCCCUCAAAAAUAACGUUCUUCACCAAAAUCCUCAUAGAGCUCUUCCCUUUUUUCUUUUGUUUCCUGGGACAACAGAGACUUGGUAUACAUACACGCUUAUAUUUUCUACAUUAAGAUUUAGAGGUGCAAAAUCAGAUUGAUAUUCAGUAUAUUAUUUCUCAGAGUAAAGCAUAGAGGAGGAGGUUUGGAACGUGGGGACGCCCGAGGCUUGAAAAAAAAAAAAA